AUGGAACUUAACGCACGUGCAGGAGAUGGCACUAUCGUUCUCAAAAUGAAUUACGUGACUGUAAGAACCUUUAAAAUGAAAUUCACACUCGCUGUUAUAGUCCUGGUGGCAGCUUCUGGCUGCGCUCACAAUGACACUGAUACAUAUUUGAGUAGAUUUAUUGCCGAUUUGUGGGUAGAGGGCACUGAUAUCGUUAGAAUCAUUUGGCGAGACUGUUCGAAAAAGAUGGUUGCGGCUAAAGACGUCAUUGAUCAAAAGGACUACUAUCCGAAGUUCGUAAGAUGCAUAAAACGUAAAACAUUAAGAGGUCUGGAUCGCAGCCUGAGUCCAGAUGUCGUGCCUAUCGCAGACGGAGUUAACCUCGUAAGGUUUGAACUAGUCGACCAAUCUGGGAAUGUCUUACAGGAAAAUGACACCAGUACGUGGUCAGAGAAAGAAUUAGAAGAGGGAGAAUGGAAAAAUCUUGUUUUACAAAGAAUGGCAAAAGUACUCCGAACUCAUGUUAUCAAAUUCGAUUUCGAUGAUGAUAAAAUUGUUGAUAAAGUUGAAUAUAGAAGUCGACGCCGCCAUCAUAUGAUGACCAUGAUGAUGUUUGGUAUUGUGUCCAUCGGCAUGGUGUUCAUUCCUAUGGGUUUCCAGUUUCUAGCAGUUUUAGGCGGAAAAGCAUUACUAUUAGCUAAAAUGGCACUUAUACUUGCUUCAAUUCAAGGACUCAAAAAGGUAGACCUUUAUGAUGGGUUUCGUGAAAGAGGGAAGAUUGCUACAAGUCCGUUAAGCUACGGCUUCUACCACACCUACCCUCCUUAUGAACAUUAUGAUAAGAGAAGUCAAGACAAUUGGCAUAACAUAGUAGAAACGAGACAAGACCUAGGAUCUAAUAGAGUUAUUAAAGAUAUUAUUAAUGUGAAAAACGAAAGAUUAAAUAUGGAAGAUGUUGUAAACAAUGAAAAUGUUGAUAAAAAUAAAAUCAAAAGAGUGCCGAAGGAAUCAAUAUUAUACCCAGUACGCUCAAGCGUUAUAGAUUUGUCAUCACAAUUUAAUUUAGCUUCUACAAACAAACCUUUCAAUCAGGAAUUAAUAGACCUCACUUCAAGACCUGGGGAAGUUCAAGCGGACUAUUCACUGGAUUUACCGUACAAUGGAUUUCAUUUUCAAAGUCCCACUUCUGUCAUUUCAGCU